AUCGAUCAUCGGUGUUGUUAUAAGAGCACGAGCGCGGUUACACAACGUGAAUGACAAUCAUCACCGCCUCGAGCACGUGCCAGUUUAGAAAAAGUUUGGUUAUGGAAGGAAAAUUGACUAAAAAGAGCCAUCGUAAGCAGAAACGAGCACAUCACAGACUCCUUAGAGACAUGAAUAUCAAAUGCUGUGACAAUCCUACCCAGUAUAUAAUGAUCUGCAAUGCUGGUUUGGUCACUGGAUUGCAGAGGCAAACGUUGAAAGAUGUGAUAGAACCACUCGUCACUGACUACCAUUUAAUCAUGCCUCCAAACAAAUCGUACUGCUUUAUUAAAUUUAAUUCCAUAGACGACGCCACGUGUAUUUAUAACAAAAUUCAUGGGAACGUGAAGAUUAAUGAACAGACUCGACUGUACGCCACGUUUACAGAAUCUGUUCCUGAAUCAAAUGAGUCUCUAUUCUCAGACCUUCCUCCUGGUCUUAAACUGAUAGAGAAUUGCAUAACCGAGGAGCAGGAGAGAAUAUUAUUAGAUACAAUAAACUGGAGUAACGAAGAGUCUUCCGAUUUGAAACACCGGAAAGUGAAGCACUUUGGAUACGAAUUCCAAUACAGUUCGAAUAACGUAGAUGCAGACAAACCAAUCGCACCUAUUCCAGACGAUUAUCAAUUCUUAAAGGAUGUACUUAAAACGCAUCACGAGGUUCCAUACGAUUACGAUCAGUUAACGAUUAAUCAUUACUUACCAGGGCAAGGUAUCCCACCGCAUAUUGACACGCACAGUGCAUUCGAAGACAGCAUAUUAUCGUUAUCAUUAGGCUCAGCUUGUAUAAUGGAUUUUAAAAGAGAGAACGAGAAGACUAGCGUUCUUUUACCACCGCGUUCGUUAUUAAUUAUGUCCGGGGAAGCUCGUUACGCUUGGACGCAUGGAAUCUGUCCAAGGCACAAUGACGUGGUUAAAACUAAAAAUGGGAUCACGACGCAGUCCCGAGCGACGAGGGUUUCGUUUACGUUUAGAAAGAUUCACAGGGGAAACUGUCGGUGCAGUUUCCCGAAUCACUGCGACACGAAACGAACCACGACUCUCAUCGAUAAUAAAAUAGCUCCGGUGAUAGAGAAUUCUUAUGUACACGAUGUUUACGACAAGAUUUCGAAUCACUUUGAUGAAACGAGGCAUAAACGCUGGCCGAACGUAUCGAAGUUUUUACUAGGGUUAAAAAUAGGCGAUAUUUUAUUAGACGUAGGCUGCGGGAACGGGAAAUAUCUUUACGAGGAGGAACACAUAUUCAAAAUCGGCUGCGACAGGAGUUGUAAUUUAAUGAAGAUAUGUCGAAGCAAGAAUUUCGAGGUACUCCUGUCAGACUGUUUGUGUCUGCCGUACAAAGAUAACAGUCUCGACGCUGUGAUAUGUAUAGCAGUAAUUCAUCAUCUUUCGACGUACGAGCGGAGGAGGCAAGCGAUCUUCGAGUUGGCGAGGGUCCUCCGCCCGGGCGGCAGGUGUCUGAUUUACGUAUGGGCGAGGGAGCAGGAGAAGGAUUCUAUUCAAACGGCUUAUUUACGGUAUAAUUCUGGUAAGAGAGAGGAGGCCGUUUGCAUACAAAAAUUGACGGAGUUCGGAGUCACGUUGCCUGUGCAUGAAAACCGUACGAACUUCACUUCGAACGAUAUGCUCGUUCCUUGGAAGAGGAAAGGCGGUGGUAACUUUCUUAGAUUUUAUCACGUGUUCCAAGAGAACGAACUCUCGCAAUUAUGCUCGGAGGUGCCGCAAUUCGCCAUCGAGGAAGUCUAUUAUGAUCAAGGUAACUGGUGCGUUGUUUUGGAGAAGAAACAAAAUGGAUAAUAAACGAUGUAAUUAUGAAUGGUUUAAA